AUGGAUCCGGUCGUGUCCAAGGUGUUCGAUGAAAUGCUCAAGAGGAUGGAGGACCUCGACAAGCGCUUUGCCGAACGCUGGGAGCGCCUGGAGAAGCGUUUCGAGGAUGCAUCCACCGCCCUUCAGGAGCGCGAGCAAGACGUCGACGGUCGCCCCGCCUCCCUAGAGGACUAUGCUUCCACCCAGUACAUCGCCGCCACCGUCGCCGACAACUGGGGAGCCCACUUCGAUUCGUGUGUCUCCGAUCUGGAGCAGCGCAUGGCCGAUCUCGAACUCAUCCGGUUGGCCGAGAUCCGUGACGAGACGACAGAGUGGAGGCGCUAG